UCUCUCGUCCACCAGAGGCCUGGCCAGCAGAAACGGACGAUUCUCUCUCUCUCACUGUCAGUCUCUCGCGCCAGCAUCCCAGUAACAGCUGAGUGGCUGAGGCGUAAUUGCAGAGAAGUGAGGUCAGCAGGAAGCUUUUAUCAGAGAUCGCACAGCGCUCAGCAACACGAGAAGAUGCACAGCGCAGACGGGCGGCCCCAAAACUCCCUCUCUCCGUGUUUCACAGUGGAACCGUCUGGACUGAAGCGCACAUCCUGGAAGCAGAAAUAUCUGGAACUGUGUGGAACUGACCUGCCUCCUGUAACAUCAUCAGGAAUGGACAGCAUGUGAAGCAUCAAUUUGUUCAUUUGUGUCCUUAACAGCAGAAACGAACACACUGCUGCCUCCUCCAGCUCUGAGGAGAUUCUGCUGCUGCAGCAGGAGGUCAGAGGUCACGCCAGCAUCUGAGGAUUGUACUUGAGUGGAUCUCUGACAGCUUUAAGAUCCAACCUGAGUUCUACCUUCAGUAUGUGGAUCAUGAACUCCUCGAGAAACGCAGUAUAAUGCGCAAAUGGACGCUGCGAUGGAAACUGCCUGAGUUUGCGUGUAAACUGUGGCUAGUGCUGCUGGUCAGCCGUGUUUGUGUGUGCGAUGGAGACCAGGCUGCGGUGACCGACUGCUUCAAACACGAGCGCCACACCAGGAACUACGACUACAUGGAAGGAGGGGACGUUCGAAUCCGACGCCUCUACAGUCGCACGCAGUGGUUUCUGAUGAUCGACGAGUUCGGGAACAUCAACGGGACGCAGGAUCCCAACAACUGCUACAGUGUUCUGGAGAUCAGGACGGUUUCGGAGGGCGGCGUGUUGGCCAUAAAAGGACUGAAGAGCCAGUAUUAUAUUUCCAUGAACCGCACCGGAAUGUUACAGGGCAAAAAAGACUACAACGACAGCUGCAACUUCAAAGAAGUGUUUUUAGAGAACUACUACACGGCGUACUCGUCCGUCAAAUGGACUAAAAACGACAAAGAGAUGUUCAUCUCUCUGUCACAGAAGGGCCGGCCGCUGAGAGGAAAGAAGACGAGGAAGGAGAGCAUCUCUUCUCACUUCAUCCCUCGAAAGUGCAGGGAAGACGAGAAGAAGCUGGUGUGAAGAAGCUCCAGAGAUCUGUUCUGCUUUAAUAGUCUGAUUCACCGAACUUCAGCAAUAAAUCAUUCAUUCACACACACACACACAGACACACACACACACACACACGAGAAGCAGUUGGUAAAACUGCAUAUAUGAAAGUGUUUUGGACUCAUGUAAACAAACACUUAUAAAUACUCAUCUGUAUUUUGAGAUAAAGCUAUUUUUAUAUUUCAGAGAGAUGUUUAUGUUAGAGCCCAUGAGAACGAGAACACCAAAUAAAUACUGCAAUGCAUUUAUACAGAUGAUCGUUCACAUUAAACACGGCAGUGCUUUAGAUCACAGCGUUUAUAGCGCUCCAUUUAUACUGAGUAAACACAUUUACAUGCCUUCACCAUUCAUCCUGAGGAGCUCAUUUAUCCAGUUCUCAUCCAGUUCAGUGAGGAAAUAACAGCAGUUCCCUUAUUUCCUUUUAUUUGACUUUUUCUUUUUUAAUCUUCGGGUUUGGCAUUUUUACCAUUUAUUAUUUUCAUUCUAAAAACCGCAUGCGAGUGCUUCAUCAGUUGUAAGAAAUACAAUGUUUGUCUUAUAAUCUUCCGUCUAAAUGUCAUAACCAUUUUUAUUUUUUAUCAUCAAUCCACAUUCAUAUUGAGAAUCCAUCGGAUAAAGAUGAACUGAGGCUUUAACCUGUGAGUCUGACUGUAUUUAGUUUCUCAUAAUCACUCUGAAUACGAUCCUGUCCAUGUGUUGUUGUGUGUUAUUUAUGAUAUUUAUGAGUUCAUGAACACAGUGAACCGUCUGUAUUCUGGAUCGCUGUGCUGCAAACACACACAGAGUUUGCAGGUGUUUAUAAUUUGCUGCUACAAAUCUGAGGUUUUAUAUGAUUAUAGAUUCAUUUCAAUAAACAUGUAUAUAUAUAAAUAUAUAUAUCUUUCCAUGUA